AUGUCCCCUGCAUAUACCAAGCGGAAUCUAUAUCUGCGGCUGAGUCCGGCAGUGGCCCAUGUUCGCCGGCGUGUUGCACCCACAUCCGGCCCAACAUGGCUCGCCGUAUCAAAGUCUCGCGCAUCACAGUUUUCCACCACGACAAAGCGACCACUCAUGGAGCUGACCGGCUUCACUGAGGAGCAGUUGACCGUUCGCGAGGCAAUUUCGGCGAUUUGUUCCAAAUUCCCCAACACAUACUGGCAGGAGCACGACCAGACCGAGCAAGACCCUAAGGAAUUCCAUGCAGCGCUAGCGAAGGACGGAUGGCUCGGAAUUGCUCUUCCAGAGGAGCUCGGAGGUGCAGGACUAGGCAUCUCCGAAGCCACCAUGAUGAUGCAGACUAUCACGCAAUCAGGGGCCGGCAUUGCUGGCGCCCAGUCCAUCCACGCGAACGUGUAUGCCACCCAACCGCUCGCCAAGUUUGGAACGAAAGAGCAACGGGAGGAGACAAUCCCCAAGAUCAUCAACGGCACGUGGCGGACAUGCUUCGGCGUGACUGAACCCAACACUGGACUCGAGACUCUGAAGCUCAAGACGCUUGCAAGGAAGAAUGCGUCCCAGGACGCGUAUUCAGUAACUGGACAGAAGAUCUGGAUCACUUGCGCACAGGUUGCGUCGAAGAUGAUUCUCCUCGCUCGGACCACCCCGUUAGAGGAUGUAAAGAAAAGUACACAGGGCCUGUCGGUGUUCUGCAUCGAUCUCGAUCGGAACAAGCCCGGUCUCGACAUGCGCAGGAUCAAGAAGAUGGGUGGUCGCGCGGUGGAUGCGAAUGAGGUGUGGUUCGACAACUACCAGAUCCCCGCCAAAACACUUGUCGGACAAGAAGGCGAAGGGUUCCGUAUCAUCCUGCAUGGAAUGAACGCUGAACGCUGUCUACUUGCCGGUGAGGCAUUGGGUCUGGGGUAUGCUGCGCUGGAACGCGCUGCGCAAUAUGCCAAAGAGCGCGUGGUAUUCGGUCGUCCCAUCGGCCAGAACCAGGGAAUUGCGCAUCCGUUGGCCGAUGCGUACAUGAAGCUCGAGGCAGCCAAGCUGGCUACGUACCAUGCUGCUCGCUUGUUUGACGCCUCCAAGUCCGAUGGAUCCAUCCCCGUCCAGUCUGUUGGUGUGGCCUGUAACAGUGCUAAGUACCUGGCUGCCGAGGCGGCCUUCACGGCUUGCGAGCGAGCUGUCCUAAGUCAUGGAGGCAUGGGCUAUGCGAUGGAGUACGACGUGGAGAGAUACCUGCGCGAGUGUCUGUUGCCGCGCAUUGCUCCUGUCAGUCGGGAGAUGAUUCUGAACUACGUCAGCGAGAAGGUGCUGCAGUUGCCGCGCAGUUAUUAG